AUAAGGAAAGAAAAGGUACUCCUGUGGCUAUGGUUCUUGAAUUCUGACAGGGAAUCCAUCAAUUCUAAAUCCUGGCAAACAAAAACAAAUUCCAUCAAUAUUCCUCCCGUGCAAAAUUAUCCUUUGUUAUGAAGCUGUAGAUAGAGAUAAGAACACGGGUCCACUACCCACUACUUGUCUCUGCUUUGCUAAUCCACCCCAUAACCAUUUAACUUUCAUCAUUUUUCAUCUAUAUAUACAUUGAUAGUCUCUCCUGUCUCCUCCCAGCCUGUAUUUGUUUUUAGAGGUUAUUAAGAUGGGAUCCAUGCUGCUUCUACUCGUAUUGACAUUCUUUGUCUUCUCGGCGUUUGUGAACAAUGGUAACGCGGGGAUCACGAGUUCUUUCAUUCGGUCUGAGUGGCCAGCUACUGACAUCCCUCUUGAUAACGAAGUAUUUGCUGUUCCUAAUGGUUACAAUGCACCACAGCAAGUACAUAUAACCCAAGGUGACUAUGAUGGAAAAGCUGUAAUUAUCUCAUGGGUGACAACUGAUAAUCCAGGGUCCAGUAAAGUGCAAUAUGGUGUGUCAGAAACAAAAUAUGAUUUUACUGCUGAAGGGACAGUGACAAACUAUACCUUUUACAAAUAUAAAUCUGGCUACAUUCAUCAUUGUCUCCUUGAUGGCCUUGAGUAUGAAACCAAAUACUAUUACAAGAUUGGGGAUGGUGAUUCUUCUCGUGAAUUUUGGUUUCAAACACCUCCAAUGAUUAACCCAGAUGCUUCUUACAAAUUCGGAAUAAUUGGUGACUUGGGGCAGACCUAUAAUUCCCUGUCUACUCUUGAGCAUUACAUGCAGACUGAAGCUCAGGCUGUCUUAUUUGUUGGAGAUCUUUCUUAUGCUGAUAGAUAUAAGUAUAAUGAUGUUGGUAUACGAUGGGAUUCAUGGGGUCGUUUUGUUGAGAGAAGUGCUGCAUAUCAGCCAUGGAUGUGGUCUGUUGGAAAUCAUGAGAUAGAAUACAUGCCUUACAUGGGGGAAGUCGUUCCUUUCAAAUCCUAUCUCUAUCGGUACCCAACCCCUCAUUCGGCCUCCAAUAGCAGCAGUCCUCUCUGGUAUGCCAUCAGACGUGCGUCUGCUCAUAUAAUUGUGCUAUCCAGCUAUUCUCCUUAUGUUAAAUACACACCUCAGUAUGUGUGGCUCAAAGAAGAACUCGAAAAGGUUAACAGGGAGGAGACACCUUGGCUCAUUGUUCUCAUGCAUGUCCCAAUAUAUAACAGCAACGAAGCACACUUCAUGGAAGGUGAAAGUAUGCGAGCAGUCUUUGAAGAGUGGUUUGUCCGUUACAAAGUUGACGUAAUCUUUGCUGGUCAUGUUCAUGCUUAUGAGAGAUCAUAUCGAAUCUCAAAUAUUCACUACAAUGUAUCAAGUGGUGAAUGUUAUCCUGUAGCAGACAAAUCUGCACCGGUUUACAUAACUGUUGGAGAUGGAGGAAAUCAAGAAGGUCUUGCUGGAAAGUUUAGAGAUCCACAGCCAGAUUACUCUGCAUUCAGGGAAGCUAGUUAUGGGCAUUCAACAUUGGAGAUAAAGAACAGGACCCACGCAUUCUACCAGUGGAACCGAAAUGAUGAUGGGAAACAAGUAGCUACCGAUGCAUUUGUGUUGCACAAUCAGUACUGGUCAAGCAGUCUGAGACGGAGAAAACUGAAGAAGCAUCAUCUGAGGAGUGUCGUUGGCUGGAUUGCCAGUCAGUGAUAAGAUUCAGGAGGUUAAAGCUGCUAAGAAUAAUUGGAACCUGUAUUUGUAAUUUGUACCCAAAUAAGUAAACGGCUUUCCUGGAUAAUAAAUGACUGGAAAUUCAUUCUA